UCUUUUUAUAUUUGUUUUCUAUCAAAUAAAUAUUAUUUUCGUGCCAUGUUCGUUCUUAUACUCAAUAAAGUCUCGAAAAUAUUAGGCCCGACACAACCCACUUAUAUACCGUGUCGUGCUCGUGCACGUGCCUAUGAAGUUUAGACCCGACACGACCCAUAAAUUAUUCGUACUCGUGUCAGGCUGGCCCAUUUAUUUUGUGAUCGUGCUCGUGUCGUGCUCUAACCGUGCGUGCCGUGCUAGCCCGUGGGCGGCACGGCCCGUUGCCCACGUACAGUAGGGAGGCAUGAGGCAUUAAUAAAAAAUAGAAAGAAGGGAAGAUCUAACCUUGAACUUUGGACAUUGAUUUGACAAACUAUUAUCAUUGUACACAUCCAGAAGUCAGGGCACUUAGUUCUUUUCAAAAGAUUCCAAGUUGAACACCUGAAUAUUAAAUUAAUUUAAAAGUCAAAGAACUUGAAUCAUCUUUUCAAGUAUUUUUUUUAUGAAUAAAAGAGUUUGUCACAAGAGAAAGAAACAAACUAAUAAACAAUCAGCCAAAGGCAUAAAUAUAGGAGACAUUGACCCUACACAAAAGUCACACAUCCACAAAGUUUCUCAAUGAUUGGUUCCUAAAAGAUAGGAUAUAAAUAUAUUCACAUUGGAGCUAUAGUUAGAUUGUUGUUUAAUGACUUUAAUGUUCUGUCACCUCAUUUUAUUUUAUUUUAUGUUUUGUAUAUUAUGUAUUAUACAUUUUUAAUCACGAGUUAUAUAAUACAUAUAAUCUACAAAAUCGAUUUAUCAAGAGAAAAAAAACAACUCUGCAUGAAGUGGAUUCAGUGGAUGACCACAUUCUCACUAGCAGAAACCCUUCAGUCACCAUUUCACAUUCCACUUAAGCAUCUUGUCGGACUAGCAAACAACACUAAUGUAUACAUCCCAAGACAAACAUUGUUGGCAAUAGGUGGAUUCAGUAAGGAUGACCAUAUUCUUGCAAGCAGGAACCGUUUCAUUGUCAUCAUUUCCUUAUCCAAAUAUUUUGUUCCGAAUUAUCGAGGAUGUCCACCAAAGUGUGAUCUUCCCACUAGUUGAGCUUCACCACCAAGUUGUAUAAUUUUCAAAGACACCCUGUCAUGUUAUCAUGUCCUCGAGACUACAAUUCAAAAUCCAUAUGUGCAUCCCCAAACGCCAAGAAUUUUGCUCCAAAAUCAUGGUUUUAUUCUUUCUCUCGACCAAACUAUUCUCUUUCGACAUACGUACUAUUCUACCUCACUGUCAAAAUGGUGUUUCUGUCAAGAUCAUCCAAAAAUACCAUUUAUCAUGUUGUUUAAUAAAACUAAACUGAUCAGGGUGUAAUUGCUUAUGCAUUAAAGUGUUUUUUUCACAUACUUUUCAGAUGACUUAUUGAAAAUUUUCCAUUACUAUAGUUACCAAGCAACACUUCUAUAUGAAUGGGAGGUGAGGAGUUCACAUGUAUUUACCUAGUUUGCUACUUUCGAGUUUUUGCAACCAACUAGUCUUUUGUACUUCCUAUCACUUCUAUACAACUUGUUCGGAGUUAAAGCUGUUCAAAACAUGUUGAUGCUUUAGAUGACAUCCUAAGCACAUUUUAAGCAUUUAUGUGUUGUUAUUGUUUUUAGUGUCUUAAAACAAUAAAUAUAAAAACUAUAGUUAAAAAAACUAUAGUUAAACUAAUAUCCCCUAAAAGCUUGCGGUUUUUUUCCUGAUUGUUGAUGCUAGUUGGUUAUGUACUGGUUGCGUUGGUUGUCUGGUGCUCUCCCCUCGCUGGUUGUUUUUCUUUUUUACCUUUCUUUUGCUCCUGUGUCUCCUCCCUCUUCUCUUUUAUCGGGUUUUUCUAUUUUGUGUGGGCAGGGGCUUCCUGGUUCGCCUAUCUCUUUUUGGCGCUCGCACUUCUCGUUCUGGCCUUUUUCUUUUGUUGCUGUGUUCGUCCGUUUGGACUCGUUUUUUGGUUUAUUAAUGCAGUUAUCACCAUUAUAAAAAAAAACUUAAGCUCAACUAAUAUCCCCUAAAAAGUUUGCGGUUUUCCGGAAACGAGGAACCUCAUCUUUCUCAUCCAUUUUAUGUCUUCCAAUCACCCAAUGUUUUGGCGACACAAAAAUAGUGGGUUGGUCAUACUUUAUCGUCCAAGAACAAAGACUCACAAUGUCAAUUUGCCAAAGAAAAUAUGAGGUCAUGUGUAUAUUUUCAAAAGUAUUUAUGACAUCUAUGGUUCUUUGUCUCCUAAAAAGGUUAACAAUACGACAUGUAAUUGACCUACUAUCAACUAAAACUCACACCAGCAUAAAAUCAAGAGAUAUAUCAUCUUUAUAUUUCCUUUUUACUUCUUAGUGUCGUCACGUAAGAGGGCAUGAAUACAUAGAAAGAAGAAUCGUAUCAACUUUGCCUUGCAUAAGAUAACAAAAGUCAUAACUCAGGUCACACUUCAUACUAAACGAUGAACAUGGUAUAUCAACACUUAUUCUAUGUACCAGAUGAUACACACCCCAUAAUCAUAUCCACUUUCCAGGGCUCAAGCCUCCAUGACUACCUUCAUACUAUUAUUUCUUCAUCCCUUCAAUUGUUGAAGUAUUUCUAAUUUUGUAUCUAUUAAACUAAGAUGCUAAGACUGAAGUUGAAAUGGGAUCUAGUACUUAUUUACAACUGAUUUUACGUCAAUAUAAGUAGCUUAGGUUCCAAGAUGGGGUGAAAUGACAUCAUUUCAUAUCAAAAUAAUAUGAUAUUCUGAAUACUAAGAUACUAGUUCAUAUUGUUGGGUCGGUUGAAAUUGAGGGAGCAUAACAUAAAGGCCAUGUCAUGCUCUUAUUGUGCUCUUGUCCAACAAUGGCAAGACAAUAUAGCAUGAUGUGACUUUUAUUAAAUUGAUUUACAAAAUUUUUGACUUAGUUCUCUAAGAAUUUUUUAUAAAAAAAAGAAUUUGUACGAAAAGAUAUAUCCGACCCCACAAUCACUGACACCAACCAUAAUAACGGUUUGCACUUUUCCACUAUGGACGAAGUCACUGUGGAAAAGCAACCACAACGAUAUAAAUAAUUAGUAAGCUAGGAAAUAAAUAAAGGACUACACUAGAUAAUACUAUUGAAAUGAGAGGCAUAUGUUCACCACAACGAUAUGUCAUUCAGAAAAUUCAAUUUCUUUCCGAUUGUUAAUCUUGAUUCACAGGGACGCUGAUUUGAUUACAUAUUGAACUUCAAGUCUUCAAUCUAAUAAUAAAUGGUCGCAAUUUUAUUUUUAGCCAUGAAAAGAUAAAUAAAUCAUAUAAUAAGAUGAAAGUAGUGUUCCAUUUCGAAAACAAAAAAUUAAAUUGUAUUAUAAUAAUUGAAUCUUUAAAUCUAAAUAUCAAUAUUGUAAAAAAAAUAUAAUAAAUAAUUAACUUUAUUCCAACAACUCGAAUUAUUAAUAAAAAUCCCAAAUUUAAAUCCAAACGAAUAACAAACUUUCCCUCCACUUCCCUGACAUUCGGCCAGGAGGAAGGGAGCGAGAGGAGAGGGAAUAGGGAUGGACGAAUGCAACCGGUAGUAAAGGUUGCCAAUGAGCGCACAAGCGUGCCGGUAGCAGACUAGAUAAAGGGGUGUGCUGAAUAAAUAAAUAAAUAAACAAUUUAUUUAUUAUGCAUGACGACGGUCACGUGACUUCCCAAAACACAUGCUACCGCCUAAGAUUCACUAGAUGUUUAUUAUUCUUGCAGUAUAUUUUAAAAAACGUAACACAAAAUACAUAUUUUUGGCAUUGAAAAUGUAAUAAUUUGAUCAGAAUUAUAUUAUCCUACUAAGUUAGGAUGUUGGAACUCAAGUGGCAAUUAGAAUCCAAUCAAAUCGAUCAAUCUAUACUUUUAUAUUUUGGUACCUAAAUUUUAUUUUUUAUACGAAAAAUAUCAUUGGAAAAUUAUAUUUUGGUACCUAAAUUUUUUUAUAAUAUUUUAGUACCUGAACUUUUCGAAAAUUUACAUAUUGGUCCAAGGCUUGGAUGUCAUUUGAAUUCAUGGAUCAAUCCACCAAACAUUUGAUCCAAUCCAUGAAUCCACCAAUCUAUUUUAUCCAUAAAUCCGCCAAUCCAUAAAUCCAAUCCAUGUGCCACCUCUAAUAGUAAUCAUGGAAAACUAGCAACCAGAUAUCAGUUUAAUUUUAUUUCUAGAUCACAUAGAGAAACUAUGGUACCAAAUUUGUAAUAAAAGAUUCAGAAAUAUUUCGCUAAGUCAAUCUACACCGAGAUUUAACAUGUGCAUUGAUAUAGAAAUGACACCCAUGAGAAUUGAUUAGCCUAGUAAUUAGACUAGGGAUAAGAAUGACAAACUUGUAGCCCCAACUCGACCAGUUAGAAGUAUUCUAAAAGAGGUGGAUGAAGCAAACUAGAUAUGCAUAAUCUAAAAGUUUCUAUAAUCUUUUUGUUGAGACGUCAUCGAUUAUAAUAACUCAAAACAAAUUGAAUUUGGUUAGAUCAUAUCAUCAGUAAAAUUAAUCAUCAAUAGAUUCAUUUCGAACAUUAUCGAACGAUAAUUCGCUCAUCACGUCAACCACUCCUCAUUAAUGAAUCAUGCUGCGUUGAAUAUGUGAAGUGACGACUAGUGAUGGUUUUACUAUAUCCCUAUGUUUAAGAUACUUUAGGUGACAAGACAUCCUUAGGAGAAGAAACUACCAUGUUUUCCAACUAGUAAAGGGUUCAUGUUCAUAGGAGGGGUGGGGGGCGUGAUUAUGACGAAAUGAUAAAAAUCGGGUUCAAAACAUUAGAAAAGCAAAACUCCAAUGAGUAGAGUGUAUUCCUAAGAGUAUGUAUUGAUAUGAAAAUUUUCAAAUUAAGUAUUGUGUUUCCUCGCUAAAUUAGUCUCCUAUAUAGAUCAAUGAAAAGGCUUGAAGAGAAACGCGCACCCUCAAAAUCUGUUUCGAAUAAGACAAAAUGCAUGAAAAGAAAGCAGACAAAGUAAAAAGACUUGGGUCAAAAGCCGGUAUAUGUAACGGACUUCACGGGCAAAUGUAUGGUGUCAAAGAGAAGAAAAGGGAAGAAACUUAAAGCAAAGUUGAAAAAGGGAAAGCAAGAAGAUAAAACCCUAGUUCGGACGCUGGACAAGACCGGCAUGGACGCCACAUGUUGACUCGUUUCGCCACGUAUUUCUUAAUUAUCUUAAUGUCGCCGAAUCAACUCACGUGUUUACACCCUCUGCUGGAUUCUCCACUAGCCGCGAUCAUCAAUGCUUCACAUGCCAGUUGUUUUAAAUAUCAUCCCUCAACAAACUCCGCUAAACUUGAGUGACACCUAAAACAUCUCCUUACGCAAAUAACCCCACACUCCCACACUUUUCCUGCUCCUCUAUUAUGAUUAGAACAAGUGUAAGAAAACCUUCUCUUAAACGAAAAACCUAGUAAGUUCCAUUAGGUAACCAAGUAGUAUGGUAUUUUGUCAUAGGGUAAAUUCACUUACCACUUACAAUGCAAUCAAAAGCAACUAUUGUUAUUUUGUUUAAUUUACAACUAGCCAAGAAUUCACCACUAGCAACAAAAUCUAAUCUCGCCAUUGACUUGUCAAGAACCAAUCGCAGACUAAAUCCUAGCCACAAAUCAUAACAAACCUUAGAAGGCCAAAAAUGGAAUUUCCCCAUCCAUAUUAUGGGAGAGCACGUAAAAAUAUUAUUAUAUUACGGUUGGCCUAGUGAUAAUGCAAAUACGUUUACCACUGAACGUUGCCGCCACCCUACCAUGCUAAACUCGCCAAUUAACCAACUUUACCGCGGGAAAAAGAAAAAAUAAAAGGAAUAAAGAGAAGAAUUUUUUUACCGGGAGAGCCAGUCACCUAGCAGGAAGUAAUAAUAGGGUUAAAUUAUAAAACCCGCUGGUCCCUCGCGUUCGGUCUCUCCUUAGCUAACUCUCUCUCUCUCUCUAUGAAGUCUCCUCUCUCAAUCCCACCUCCUGGUUUUUCUCCGUUCUCUCACUAGGAAGAGCUCUGCACUUAACUCUACCUCUCUCUCUCUCGCGGACCGACUGAAACAGAUCUCCAGCAUUGACUCAAUCGUUCAGGUAACUCCGUUUUUAAUGAAAUAUAAAUCUUCCCCUUGUUAAUGCCCCCUUUGAAGGUUUUUAGCUUUGUUUUUUUAUUUAUUUCUGUUAUGUUUGGGCCAAAAGCAACAACAGAAAGAGAGUAAAUUGGCUUAUUGCGAGGAGAUAAGAAUCGCUGGAGGUGAUUUCAGUUUUUUUUUUUUUCCUUCGUCUCGUGCCAAUUUGCUGCUGUUGAUUUUUCCAUUUUUACACAAUUAAUUUUUACUAUUGUUGUUAGCAUUCAAUCGUAGUUACUGUUUUUCACUUAAUAAACGAUUCUCCAGGCUUUUUCGUUUUUCUUCUGUUUUUGGGUUUGGUAAACAAUCUCCUUUCUCCUCUCUUUGCUCUACCACAGAGCUAAUGUGAGAGCUCCACAGAUCUGCCAGGUAACUGCUCCCAGAGGAAUUAUGGCCGACUGUUAGGAGAGGAGGGUUUUUCUCUAAAUCCCUAUUUUGCUGAUUUUUUUUUUUUUUUUUGUGUUUGAUUCUAUCUAGGAUUCGUCUAUCUACAAUAAUGCCUCUAGAAUUGGACAAAGAAGAGGGAAGCAAUUUCGUUUUGGGCUAGAAGAGCCGCAUCAAAGGAGCAGAAUUCAGGCAGUUGGGUGGGGAGAAAAACUAAAAUUUUCCUCUACUGUGAGUUGAGGAGAAGACUCACAGGGGUUUCUGACGGGAUGGAUUCGGGCUUGAGGUCGUUUUUUCAGGCGCCGUCGGUGAUCUACACCGACGGGCAGGGUAAUCCAGUGCAGCAGCAGCAGCACUCCGACUGGUUGUCGGGGUUUACAUCUCCGGCGGGUGGGGAAUUCGAGGCAUGCAAUGCAAUUGAAUUGGACAGAUGGAAGGAUAUUCCUUUCACAUGCCUGCUGGGUCUGGAUGAGAGCAGGACUCUAGAGAUGGGAGGAGAUCUUCUUGCUUCUUCUGCAUGGAAUACAACACCCUUUAAUUUGGGAGUUCAUGAUCCAGUUCCUGCUCAGUACGACCUCAAUUUACCUCAUGAGAGCACGGCGGAUUCGUCGUCAUUUGGGGGAAUAGACUUUCUCUUUGCUCCUGUGACACCACACAAGGCGAUGGACGGAACCCCUGCAGCAAUGGAGAGAGAUGUGAGAGUGGAGAGUAGACAUGGUUUGUCUUGUGGAGAAACAGCAGACAAGCAAGCUGCUAUCAGUCCACUUAACCUUGAGUUUACUUCUGAGGCUAGGAAUGUUGUUCUGGUUCCGGAUCCAGUUCCGGAUUCUUCAUCGACGAUUGGGUUGACGACACAGGAGAAUCAGAACAGGGAGAAGGUGGACUUCAGUGUCAUCGACUUGAACAAAACACCACCAACGAAGAAACCCAAGAGGAAGAAGCACGUACCCAAAGUGCUGGUGGAAGGCAAGAAACCAAAGACCCCAAAACCACAGACCCCGAAGCAGCCCAAGAGGAAGUAUGAGAAGAAGAACAAGUUGAGUCCUCCAGCUGCUGAUGCUGCUGCUGCUGUUGCUAAUGGUAGUGGAGAGGUAGAGAUCCCGAACAGUGAAGAGUCUGCCACAUCAAAUGCGAAUCAGACCGGCAAGAGGAAGAACAUGAAGUCUGACACCCUAACUUCUCCGGUGACUAAAGAGGGCACACCAAGGAUUAAGAGGAAGUACACAAGGAAGGGCUCAAGAGACAGUCCAACAGGAACAGUUGGGGAAUCAGAAGCAAUCUCUGGAGGAAAGUCGGGAUGUACGACUCUUCCUAGAGAAGCAACAGGGGAAUCUGUGGAUCCACAAGGUCGUCCUCAACCUGCCAAAAAGAGCUGUAGGAGGGCGUUAGAUUUUAGUUCAGAAGAAGCAGGAAAUCAAAGGUUUACAAAGAAGCUAUCCUCACCUAGUUUGGUGUCUGAGCCAGUUGCAAAAAGCCAAACGGCGUCCAUUUCUUUUGGAGAUGGAAUUGAAGUGAGGAUGCAGAAUACUUCCACAGGAUCUCCAUUCGACUUCGAAAGUUCCGUCACAGACCUGCUUAAAAGUUAUUCACCGAAGGCAGGAAAUCAAGCAAACACUAAAGGAAAAGGGAUGUUAGCCACUCAGUCCAUGCAGCAAUACAACACCCAAAUUUCACUUUCUAAUGCAUCAAGCUGUAGUGGCUCAGUCAGAACUUUGACUGAGCUCGGUGAAGCAAGUGUUUCACGGAACACAAAUUCCAGUCCUAGUGAACCAGGCAUAAAUGUGGCUGGGCAUUUUUACAAUGGGUUCUCUAUAUGCCAGACAUGGCCUUGGACACUAAUGCCAGAGUGUCGGAAAAAGAGGGGCGAAAAGGCCCAAAAUUCUGCUGUGUCUAGCAUACCUAUUGUCUCCCCAGCUGCCAGAACAGUCGAUCACUUUUCUUAUUAUGCUCAUUCUCACGAAAACAGACUUCUUUCUGGGACAGUUGGAAAAGCAGAAUCUGCUGGCUUUCUUCAAUAUAACCUCCACAGUUCCAGUCCACUAAAUGAGAUUGAUAAGUCAACAAAAAGAAGGUCUAAAGCUCCUGUUCGGGUUCACGAUCUGGGUUCUCUUGUCACUAUCCCUCAGCAUAACAAUCAGCACAUUCAGAACUUAAACAGGCGUGAGGUACGUAUGGGAGCCUUACUUGCAGGUCCUCAAGCAACCUUAAAGAAGCCAAAGAAGAAUAGUAAACGGGAUUCUCUAGGUAGAUAUGCAUCCUCAAGUACUCAUGACAAAGGACAACACGGGAGGAUGGUUUUAUUUAAUCAGAACCAAUUCUCAGGUUCCCUGGACAUGCUAUUCAACCAGAUGCUCAAUGUGGAUGAGUUAGCUGAGCAAUUAAAGCACCUUAACAUCAAUAGGGAACGCCCUAAAACAACUUCAGCAUCAAAAGAACUAGUUCCCUACAGGGCCAGCAAAAGCAAAAAGAAGCAGAAUGCAAUGGUUAUCUACAGAGGGGAUGAUAGGAUGGUUCCAUUUGAAACCGUGAAGAGAAAGCGACCCAGGGCAAAGGUUGAAAUAGAUGACGAAACACUUAGGGUGUUUAAUCUUCUACUAAAAAGCAUAGACAGUGAAGGUAUUGAUGGAACGGAUGAAGCAAAGGCAAAGUAUUGGGAAGAGGAGAGAAGGAUCUUCCGUGGGCGCACAAAUACAUUUAUAGCAAGAAUGCAUCUUGUACAAGGGGAUAGGCGCUUCUCGAAAUGGAAAGGAUCAGUUGUGGAUUCAGUUAUUGGAGUGUUUCUGACUCAAAACGUUUCAGACCAUCUUUCUAGCUCUGCAUUUAUGGCAAUGGCUGCUCGUUUCCCCAUUAAGAGAAAUCAGGAGCCACAGUGCGAAGAGGGAGGGUCCAUAGUGAUCAACCCGACAGUUUCUAUGCCAGAUGACGAAUGCUUGAACUGGGAUGAAAUGUCGAAUCAAUCCAUUUCUGACCAGAUUUCCAUGACUCUUUGUGACCCUCAGCUUGAAGAAACAGAAGUGGCCCAUAACCUGGAUUCCACAAGCAGCACGAGCACUAAUAUUUGCUUGACACCUGGCACAGAGAAUUACGCUGAAUCAGUGAUCUCCUCUCAGACUUCAUCACAAAACUCAAAUUCGCCAGUCAGUCAAACUUUUGACAACAUUAAAGAGUCAUGCACAGAGACCAACUCGCAAGAAGCGGAUACUUGCGAUGGUGGAGCCCAACUCUACAGCUUGGGUGGAGGUAAUAGUUCUUUAGUUGAGCUGCAACAGAAUGCUCAAUCUGGUUAUACCAUAAUACCGAAGGAACCAUUGAAAAACCUUUCAGGAGGGAUGUCUGAUAUUGUGGAGAGUAGUGAUAAAUUUGAGAAGGAGAAGUCCUCACAGAACACAUCAGGGUCAAACUUGAUUAACAAUGCCUCUUCCAAAGGCAAGGAUAUAAAAGAUUUGGAUGCUGCUAAGAGAAAGGCAAAAAGUAGAAGGGUUGGUGAUGAGAUCAAAGAUGAUGACUGGGAGGCACUAAGAAGAAGUGUAUUGCCAAAUGGAAUAAACAAGGAGAGAGCAGAGAACGCAAAGGACUCGGUGGACUGGGAAGCUGUAAGAUGUUCAGACGUGGAUGUGAUUGCCAGGACGAUCAAAGCUCGUGGAAUGAACAACGUGCUUGCAGGACGCUUGAAGGAGUUUCUUAAUAAACUGAUAACCUACCAUGGAAGCAUAGAUCUCGAGUGGUUAAGAGAUGUUCCCCCAGACAGAGCAAAGGAGUAUCUGCUAAGCUUCAAUGGACUGGGGCUGAAAAGUGUAGAGUGUGUCCGGCUUUUGACGCUUCAUCACCUAGCCUUUCCAGUCGACACGAAUGUUGGGCGUAUAGCUGUCCGACUUGGAUGGGUCCCCCUGCAACCACUGCCUGAUUCACUUCAGUUGCAUCUACUGGAAAUGUAUCCUAUACUGGACACAAUUCAGAAGUAUUUAUGGCCUCGACUGUGCAAACUUGAUCAGAAAACACUGUACGAAUUGCAUUACCAGCUGAUCACAUUUGGAAAGGUUUUUUGUACAAAAAGCAAGCCAAACUGUAAUGCGUGCCCAAUGAGAGGAGAAUGUAGACAUUUUGCCAGUGCAUUUGCAAGUUCCAAACUCCUUCCAGGACCAGAGGAAAAAAGAAUAGUUACUGCACAACCUCAAGACCGGCCAACUUUCACCGGCCCAGUUAUGCAAAAUGUUCAAAGACCUAUAUUACCUCCACCAACUAUAUGUGAAGAAACUCAGCAGUCAGUAUCUCACUCAACGUCAACUGUGCCCGAACAAGAAAGUUGCCAGCCAGGGAUGUUGCACCUGCCAACAGUAAAAGCAAGAGCCAACUGUGAGCCCAUCAUUGAGGAGCCAUUAUCACCAGAACCACAAUGCACUCAAGUCGAAAUAGAUGACAUUGAAGAUGCCUUUUAUGAGGAUCCUGAUGAAAUCCCCACUCUUAAUUUGAAUGGGGAGAUUCCUACCAUCCCAUUGAAUGUUCAAGAGCUUGCUCAGAAUAUCGAGACGUAUAUCAAACAUAACAUGCAACUUCGUGAAGGUGACAUUUCAUUGGACUUGGUUGCUAUGGCUACAGAGGCUACAUACAUUCCUCCACCCAAGCUUAAAAACAUUAGCCGGCUAAGAACUGAGCACCAAGUAUAUGAGCUACAUGAUACUCAUCCUCUUGUAAAAAGGUUGGAGAAGCGAGAAGCUGAUGAUCCAUCUCCAUAUCUCCUUGCAAUAUGGACCCCAGGUGAAACGGCAAAGUCUGUUGUCCCACCUCAGACAAUAUGCACAUCACAGUCACAGGGGAAAUUAUGCGAUGAAGGGACAUGUCUCUCAUGCUGCAGCUUCUUGGAAGCAAGACGUCAAGUAGUUAGAGGAACUAUUCUGAUACCCUGUCGAACAGCGAUGAGAGGAAGUUUCCCACUCAAUGGAACAUACUAUCAAGUGAAUGAGGUAUUUGCUGACCACGAGACUAGUAAAAAUCCAAUUGAUGUACCCAGGGAGUGGCUAUGGGAUCUACCCAGACGAACUGUCUACUUUGGAACAUCUGUACCAACAAUAUUUAGGGGUUUGACUACCGAGCAAAUCCAACAAUGUUUCUGGAAAGGAUUUGUUUGCAUUAGGGGGUUCGACAGAAAGACGAGAGCACCACGUCCUCUGCAGCCGAGACUGCACUUACCAGCCAGCAAGAUGAAGGAAAAGGAAAAGGACAAGAAUAUAGCAGAUGAUGAUGAAUAGAGAGUUUGUCCAAAACCUUUUUCCGAACCAAAUCUUGCCGUGACAGUGAAACCAUGCUUGAGGACACAAUAAGUUGCAGGGAUCACAUUCAAUGACAGGCUCGGUAACCCGAACGAGUUGUUGGAUUUCCCAUAAUAUAGGGUGUAGGAUUGUGCAUACAUAGCAGAAAACUGUAAUUUCUCAGAGUUGUGCUCAUAUUUGAGCAUUUUUCUUACUUCAGGUUAACUAUCCCCCAAAUAUCACUUGUGUCUUUCCUAGUUACAUAUAAAACUAUGUCAAUGACCAUCAUUCAUCAGAAUCAGAAUGGUUCAGGAGUAGCUGAUGCAUUAGCUUGCUAACAUGAUUACUCGAAUGGAGCUUUAACUUCUCCUAAUUGGAUCAGAGCAAACUCACAACUGACUUUCUGCUAGAUAAAAAUCCUAAGCUGCAACAGAAGCACAUGUUCAAUCUGCUUACUCAAACAGCAUCGAUACAAUUGUUCUCUCUGUACCAGGCUUACAUGCGAAGAAAUUACCUAAACGAGAUGAAAAUUCUCUCGACAUGAACUACUUCAGUCAGAUAUCGAAGAAUACUACGCGAACUUAAUUUCCAAACAAUCUCAGGUCACUUAGAACGACGAGAAAACAGCUCAAAUCAUAUCAAAAUCACUCAGAAUAACUGGAAUUCGCAAGUUGAAGCAUGAUUUCAUUAAAUGCCCAAGGCUUUUCGCUACAGAAAUGAAGAGAGGGAGAGUUGCAGGUAAUGUAGAACGCACCUUUCCUCCUUCGGCGGCGAGCGAGCAGAGCGAAAGAGGGACUGACUGCUGAGGAGGAGAAUUGACCGAGGAGCCGGAGACAUAUGCGUUUAGGCGGUUCCGCCGAUUUGCCGCUUCUCAUAAAAGUUUUUAGGCGCCAUUUCGUUUUCCCUCCUGCUUUGCUGAUCUUUUUUAGAGCGUUCUUUGAAAUUUAAUACAUUACGUGGGCCGUGGGCUAGUACGUACCGCUUCGUGAAUCUAGUGGGCUUUUUACUCUGAGAAAUUGGAUUCGCCAAGCCCGUCCGUCAAAAGGAGGUCGGAUCGGACCGGUCUAUAAAAGCCUUCAUAUGUAAGAUUUUAUAGGGUUUGUGUAUUCCAAAAAAGUUCACCAUAAUUGAAAUAAAAAGAUCAGCUAUAAAUAAGUUCCUUAUUAAAAAUGAUCUAGGAAAAAUUUAUGUCAAACAAAAUUAAGUGAACUACUUUAAUAUAGUUUACAGAGUGGA